AGGGCGAGACGGCGAGUUGAUAGUGCUUAUUAUUCGAUUCGACGACCCAAUCUGAUCUAGCUGGUGACCACCUACCACCAUCAUGUGCAUCAUGUUGAUGAACGACGGCCACAGCGGCAGGGCUAGCAUCCAGCCACCGCCGCAGGUCCUCGCCUCUGUUCCCUUGCUCGUCUACGAGUACGAGGAUGCUGCCGCUGUUGAUCCAGCAGACGACUCUGCUCCUACCGCCUUCAAGAUGCUCAUGUAUAGCCUGCCUGAGCGGAGCAUCGUCUACACGCACGACAAUAGGCCUCCCAUGAUGAUGGAGGGCAACUUCUGCUUCACCACGCCUCAAGGAUGGCUGGUCAUCCUUGGACAAGAGUCGGAGGCCUCUAUGUGGCAUCCGCUCACCGGGGAGACCAUCACCCUGCCACCCAUACACGACAUCCCCGUCACCUGUAAGUGCCUCCUCACCCACAGCUCCGUCGCCCACCCGGACUGCGCCGUCGUUCUCCUCGACGUCACCGACCCUCUCAUGUGGUUCUGCCGUGUCAAUGGAGAGGCUGAUCGGAGGAGGUGGGGGCAGCACGCCUACGACAUUGGUGACUACUUCUUCCCCGAGGAGUUCCGCACCCCCACUACGCCCACCAAGAACGUCAUCCAUGACGUCGCCGCGCUCGGAGGGAAGCUGUACUUUCGCUUCACGGAAUCAGAUCAGCACAAGAUGGGCGUCGUCGACUUGGACUUCCCGUCUGAUCCUGGCCAUCCUCCCACCGCAGUGUUCGAUGAGUUUGAUGUCUGUGCAGAGUUCGACCUCGUUCCCGAGGGCAUUUGCGCUGCUUGCAUCCACUUGGUAGAGUCCAUGGGCGAGCUUUUGGCUAUCUGCUACUACUACGUGGAUUUCGAUCCCACCAAUAUUAGCUCAGCUCGUAUCUUCAAGAUGGAGAAAACCUACGACGACGAGGACGAGGAACUUGUGGCCUGGCGCCCGGUGGAUGAUGUUGGGGACAGGGCUUUCCUAUUGACAGGCACCAACAUGGCAACUUGGUGCUAUGCAAGCACCAAUAAUCUUAGAGGGAACACCUUCUACUUUCUGGCCCACUUAGUAUCUGGUCACAGGGAUCUAUGCAUCUAUGAUGUCCAGAAGCAGACUAUGGAGGUUGUCCAGGUUCAUGAUUAUGAAGAUAUGGAGAUCGUGCGCACAAUGCCAUACUGGAUUAAUGUACCUCCAUGUUAGUAUUAGCCCAUUAGAUUAUAUUUUAUUUUAAUUACUAUAGCUUGCUCCUACUAUUACAUAGUACCUUUUUAUUUAGUAUACCUUGCUGCUACUACUUAGUAUAUUUGAUUCAAUAAAAAUGUAAUUUGCUCCGAUUUUUAGCACUGUUCGUGUAUGGAUGGCUGAGUUGGAUGUAUGGAUG